CGACGGGAGGGAGGGAGGGGAGGGGGGGAUGUGGGCGAGAGGGGGAUGAUGACGACCCGGAGGUGAAGAAGGAAGAUGCGGAUCAGGGAUAGGUGUGUCUUUUGUGUUGUUGUGGAGAAAGGUUGUGGGUCUGCAAAGUUGGGCGGUUUUGUGUUGUUGUGGAGAAAGGUUGUGGGUCUGCAAAAUUGGGCGGACACGUGCGUGUGUACGUUGGGAACGCGUUUUGUGUUUGUGCCAUGGUAACCAUGAAUCCUUCGUCCGUCGUUUGUUCGGAAGACGAAUGGGAAGACAUGCUCUUCAUGUUCAUCCUCAUCAUGACGCACUGGGUGAACAGGUGUAACGUAGCGGCCAUGGUCGUCCUUGCUGUGACUCCGUUUUUGUUCCGGGACACGUCGGGGGCCAUGACGAUGCUUGCUGGCGGGCUGCUUCACGGCAUGGCUCUGAGCUGUCUGGCGGCACAGGAGCUGGGGAGACGCAUGACGCGAAGAUGGCGAUUGUGGGUGGUGGAGCGCAGUGGAGGUCUUUGGAAGGACCUACAGCGAGAGGGAGCAGAGCACGAGAAGGUGUUCUUGCAGUUCUGCAGACUUCCACGGUCGUUGUUCUUGGAAGUUCUCCAACGAAUCGGCCCACAUAUCCAGCGUUCGCCGACGAAUUUUCGGUUGCCCAUUCCUGCCGGUCAGAAGUUUGCCUGUGCAUUUAUGAGAUUUGCGAGAACGUCUGCGGACCGGACGUACGACGAGUGCCACACAACGGCCCGGUCUUGUAUAGAGCGCACUUUCGGGCGUUUGAAGAGCGUGUGGAGGAAUUUCGUCUGCACACACAUCGCGAACUUGGAAACUCUGCGCAAGGAAUUCAUGGCCGUGUGCAUUCUGCACAACCUCAUGAUCGAACACAGGGUGGAGAUCGACCCUGCGCAAAUCGGAGAUGACAGCGACAACGAUGGUGGGGGUGCACCUCCCAACGGCCGUCGCCGGCGGCCGGCGGAGGCUAGUGUAACGGAGGAUACCCGACCUGAACGUCGAAGUUAUGGAUGGAGACGAUCCCUCAUAUGGCUCAUUCUAGGGAAGCGGGUCAGGGCUAGUUUGAUAGCACAUGUGGAGCACCACGUUGCUGUUCACGGUGCGCCGGCGGCAUGUCCGUGGCGAUAAUGUGUGUGUGUGUGUGUGUGUGUGUGUGUGUGUGUGUGUGUGUGAGGUAGAAUGUGUGUGUGUGUGUGAGGUAGAAUGAGACUGCACUUCGCGAAUAAAGACGCACAACUUUUUUUUGGCCGUCAAGUGCUCAGAAUAUGCUUCCCUUUGCUCUCUCUCUCUCUCUCUCUCUCUCUCUCUCUCUCUCUCUCUCUCCCGCGCGCGCGCGCGCGCGUGCGUAAUUGGGGAAAUAACAUGUUGGGAUGAUCGUGCUGGAUGCAUCGAUUCCAUGAAACAAGUAUCAGAACAUACAAGCUGCAUCAAUUCCAUAAAACAAGUAUCAGAACAUACAAGCGAAACAAAGGUUCUUUGCAAUC